CCGAUAUUUCGUGCACAUAGCACGGAACAGAACCGGAAAUUGUACACGUUAUAUAUGUUACCCUCUGAGAACACUCGUCAAUCUUAGCUUUGUAGUUCACAUCCACGUGUUUAGGGUCCACAGAGAGCGUAUUACUUUCAGGGAUCAUCUAAAAGCGAGCGUCAUAAUAGUUUUCGAUCUUCUCUGUCUGGAGUUACAUAGUUGAAAACGUAUUUUUGUAGUGUUUGUAAUUAUAAAUUAUAAUGCAAAUAAGUAUGCAUUAAACAAUGGAAAGGGACAGUCACAGUUGUUUUAUUACUGCGUCUGGAUUCUGUCCGGAUUGUGGUUCAAUUUUGCCAUUACUGGAUGAAAGUAAAGAUACCGUUGUAUGUUUUGCAUGCAAAAGGGAAUGGAAUGCUGAAAGUACGUACUCCGAGUUACAAGAAACUUUCGGGGAUAUGAAAAUGACACAUACAAUUCAUUUUAAUUCUAAAAACACUUAUAUAUCCGCCAGAGAAGCAGAUGAUAGUGACGAUGAUGCGGAUGGACCAAUUGUAGAACGAGCAUGUCCUCAGUGUAAAAACGAUAAAAUGUCAUAUGCUACAUUACAAUUAAGAUCUGCUGAUGAAGGGCAAACUGUGUUUUAUACGUGUACGAAGUGCAAAUACAAAGAAACAGAGAAUUCGUGAAGUAAAAUUUUUGAUUACAUAUAUUAUUUUGUAAAGUACUUGUUGUAACAAAUAUAUGAUUUUUUUUCUUUUAUUUUCUUUUUUUUAUAUUAUAUGAAGUAAUAUAUUGAAGAAAUAUAAAAUUCUUGAUGAC